AGGCGACACAGCGAACAGUGUGAAUUUCUGUGAGACCCACCUUUUUGCUCCGUUCUGAUAACCAUAAAAAAAGAUAACGGCCACUCCUUGGGCGCAAAGUUUGUUUCCCACCCCUUCCGAGACAUUCCAUUUUUACUACGUAGAGAUUUUCAUUUUUGUUUCAUUCUUUCCCAAAAGACCGAAAUGCCGACUGGCGUUCUUGAGGAUACUACCUACCGCGUCAUGACGACCUGCGAAAGAAGAAUGGCCGACAGCGCCGGUUUCUCAUCCGACGCGGCUUAACCCCAGGGCAACGAUCCGUGGCAAAAACACCCAAUAGACACGUCGCCCAACAUGGCGAUCAUGUUGUGCCUGGAGGCAGACGCCAUGGAGUUCGACUUCGAGGCGGAGCUGACGAAAAAGGACCAGGAAAACCUUGCACAGCAGUACCACCAGCCCAACCGCAAUUACCACCAGCCCCACACCGUGGUAUGUCGCCAUUGGCUGCGAAACCUCUGCAUGAAGGGAGAGCAGCAAUGUCCCUAUUUGCACUACUACGAUCCGAACCGCAUGCCCGAGUGCCAAACCUGGCUCAGGUACGGCAAGUGCACCGAUCCGGACUGCAUCUACCGCCAUACAAAGGACGAGACAAGGCCGGAUUGCGAAAAUUACAAGUAUAUCUAGUUGAAGACUUGUUGUAGCGCGAAUGUUUUAAUAGCCGCUUGUUGCGGCAGUUCAAGGGGAAGGAGCCUAAUUGAACAUAACACAUAAUCCUCAAUUUUAUAUGAUUACCCUAGGUAUGGUUUUUGCAAGCUCGGGAAUGCGUGUCGGUUGCGACACGAAAAGCGGCCAAGGAGGGAGCUGCCCGAAGUGGUGUCAGAUUAUUUCCUCGAGUGCAUCAUUGCCGAGAACGUUCAUCUAAUACCAAAGUUGGAGCUGAAGCCGACGCCGCAGCAGGAAGAGGUACUUCCUUACUGAAUCAAACAUUUCUUGUAUCUAUUGCCGUAAGCUCUGGUGCAAGACAGCGUCUGCAAUUUUUUCCCAGAUAACUUUUGAUCCUUACCAUUGGACCCGUUUUUCUCGUCACCACUGCACCGCGUUUUGUGUUUCGCGAUGAAUAUUAUUGCGAGAACUACUGGAUUCUCGACCUACUCCGCAAGCCUAAAAAAUUAUACGCAGGCGCAGCGGCAAGCAGAGCUGCCCGUCCUCGUGAAUCUCCCGGAGCCGGUCGAGAACGCGAAGACGAAGUUUGUGUUCAUCAAGAGCGGUUCGCGCGCGAACCUGGACAUUUCGAUCGCAAAAGCGAUUUGGGCGACCACACCGGGAAACAGCGAGUACCUGGACCGCACUUUCCGCCACUUUGACCACGUCAUCUUGAUCAUGACCUGCAAGGAAACGAAGAAGCUGCUGGGGUACGCCAAAAUGCUGUCGUUACCCGACCCCAACCUGUUUCAGAACAUUUGGGGCACGCUGUCCUCCAAACUGGCCGCAAAUUUCCGUGUGCACUGGAUGAAGCUCUGCGUCACGCCCUACGAAAACUUCGACUACUUGAAGAUGACAGACCCGAACGUUGGGUACAGUUUUUGUGGGUUUGUUUUUGUUUCGCAUAAUAUUAUUUUUUCCGGGAAGUCUACUUUUAUGACCUAUUUUGAUUUUCCUCUUCUUGUGGUGGACCGAACAAUGAAAGAACAAUUCUGUCUUGCGUGCUGGCAAAUUAAAAGAAAAAUGGACAAAAUUGAACAGCGUUGUGCCGUUUUACAAGUUUCGCGACGGAAUGACACUCACGGAUGAAGUCGGGACGGAAAUUUGUAAGCAGCUGACGCGAGCCGUGGACGUCGACUUAUUACAGGGCACCGAUUUCGGUGCAGAGCCUCGCAUUAUGUACGACCCGGAGGAGUGGCGCGUGAAGCGCGAGGAGCUUUUGAGCGGCAACGCAAAUGCGCCGUCCACAAAUUUGACGGAGCCUAUCGGGGAGGAGAGAGAAGUCGUGCGCGCCGGCACGUUCGAGCAGCAGACACCCGCUUCCGUUACCGCCCCGCCCCCGGUGCAGCACCAGGAGCCCAAACCACAGUAAGAUUUUUAUUGCGAUUUCUUUGUAAUUUUCUUCUGCAAGCGAUGAAGACAAGAGCAGGAAGACGAAAGAAAUAAAAUGAAAAGCGAUUAGGCAGCACUUUAAGUAGUUCCAUCCGGACUUGUCAUGAGAAAGGCAAGUCGGCGGCAUGAUUGCUAAAGUCAACUUUUAUCUUCAUCUCUCCAGGCCCCCACCGCAGCAAAGCGCGCAGCCCAGUGUGUCGCAGAGCGGUGCUUGGCGUCCCCCGGGCCAAGCAGCCCCGGCUGCUCCCCCACCGUCCAACGAUGGAGCUUGGAGGCCACCGGGAGCGCCACCACCACAGCAGGUAUAAGUAGAUGCUUUGUAGUUUCUGUCGAUAACAUUUUCGCUUGCAAAAAACAGCAGCAGGCGUGAUUUUUCUUCCUGAUUUUCCAAAGGAAACAAAGUGUCACUUUCACUUCCAUUCCACUUAGCUUCCGCCUUUACACAACACACAGGUUCCCACCCACCAGCCCCCCGCAGCGACACAUGGUGUGUGGCGACCGCCCGGUGCGGCGGCUGCGCCACCGGUCCAGCAGCAACCAAAUUUUGUUCCACCACCCGCGGGUGGGGCUCCACCGGCCGCCCCGGGCGGCGUUUGGCGACCGCCCGGCGCGCCGGCACCGCCACCCGGUCCGCCGCCGAGUUACGGCGCGGUUAUUAGGCCGCCGCAGCACCACCCGCAAGGGGGAGGUCCGUACGGAAAGCCAUUUGUCGGCGGUAAAUACGGGGACGACGGAAAGUUUGGCGGGAAGAAAGGGUUUCAACAUAAGAACAAAGACAAGUUCGCGGGGGGAAAGAACCACGCACCGAGCAAUCAACAACAAGUUUGGGUCCCACCGGGUGCAGCUCCUGCGCCCCAGCCGAACCAGGCUUGGGUUCCGCCGACUAGCUGAAGACCCGGAAAGCUUGUGAAUCACGCGAGCCCGGACGAGUGUGGCGCGACUACACUUUUCAAUCUCAAUAACGACACUGAAUAACAUGAAAGUUCAACAUUUAAUCAAGCGACAAUAGCGGCUAGCGCAAGUUUUAGUAUUUGAAAGUAUGUCGUUCAAGGACGGCGAAUAAAGUCUUUUGACUCAGUCAAUGUGAGCUCGUCAAAAGUAAAAAAAAGCGACGUGUAAGUACCACGAAAGGAAUGGUCGUGAUCAGACUCAGACCUAUAGUCAGCUGUCAAGCUACUGCUGAAGCCAAAGGAGCGGCAUAAUCG